GCCGCUCCUCUCUCUCUCUCUCUCUCUCUCUCACACACACACACACACACACACUGAGAGAAGAGCAGCAGCAACAGCAGGAGUCUGUUGUGGAAGAGGCUGUCAAUUGAAGACCUCAGCUGUCGUAAUACUAAUGGACAUCUCUGAUUUACUACAUCCCAUUUGAUCCCUUUAAAUCUGAACCACUCCCAGCAGCCCAUUCUUCUCUAAAGCGAAUCAGACAUAGAGAUGUCUCUCUGUAGAGAACUUUAAGACAAACUGACAGAUAUGUUUUAAGACAUCCCACAUCCUUUGCUUUACACAGAAACAACACAAGGUCACAUUAAAAACUAGACUCCCUGCAUGGGAGAGUCCUGCUUCAAUCAAACUGAGGCUUUUAAAGAUCAGCCCAUUGGCACUGCCGUCUCCCAUCUGCUGACCCUCCGCACUCAACUUUCUGUCAGGAUGAGUGACUCACAGGAAGCGACGUCCCCGGUGGCCGGCAUAGUAGGCCCUGCCGCUUGCGUAUCCAAGGUGGAGCUGCGUGUUUCCUGCAAGUCCCUGUUGGACCGAGACACGCUCAAUAAGUCUGACCCCUGCGUCAUCCUCAUGGUACAGAACCAAGGUCAAUGGACUGAACUGGACCGUACUGAGGUGAUCAAGAGUAACCUGAAUCCAGUCUUUGCCAAAGUCUUAAUGCUGGACUACUACUUUGAGGAAGUACAGAAACUACGCUUUGAAGUCUACGACAUUCACGGAACCCACAGUAUUGGGACGCGAGACGACGACUUCCUCGGUGGGGUGGAGUGCACACUUGGACAGAUAGUGGCCCAAAAAAAGAUGGUGAAACCUCUGUUGCUGAAAUAUGGAAAAUAUGCUGGAAAAUCCACUAUCACAAUUCACGCAGAAGAGAUUUCUGGGAACAAUGGCUAUGUCGAGCUUUCCUUCUGUGCCAAGAAGUUAGAUGAUAAGGAUCUCUUCAGCAAGUCAGAUCCAUUCUUGGAGAUUUACCGGACCAAUGAUGAUGGAACAGAACAGCUUGUACACAGAACUGAGGUGAUUAAAAACAAUCUGAACCCUGUGUGGGAACCCUUUAAGGUGUCUCUAAUUUCUCUGUGCAGCUGUGAUGACGAAAGGAAGUUGAAGUGCUUAGUCUGGGACUACGACUCAAGGGGAAAGCAUGACUUCAUUGGCGAAUUCUACACCAAUUUCAAAGAAAUGCAGAAGAUUUCCUCAGGAAACAAGGUCACAUGGGAGUGCAUCAAUCCAAAAUACAAACUGAAGAAGAAGAACUACAAGAACUCUGGGUUGGUUAUUCUCAGUGAUCUCAAGCUUCACAGAGUCUAUUCCUUCCUGGACUACAUCAUGGGAGGCUGCCAAAUACACUUCACAGUUGCCAUUGACUUCACGGCGUCCAAUGGGGACCCUCGCAAUAGCUGUUCCCUGCACUACAUCAACCCAUAUCAGCCGAAUGAAUAUCUGAAAGCCUUGAUAGCCGUGGGGGAAAUCUGCCAGGAUUAUGACAGGUCAGUGCUGGUGUCUCUGUUGAUGGAGGUGGACACAAUCACUGACAAACGAUUCUCUGCUUUGGGCUUUGGGGCAAGAAUUCCACCUAAUUAUGAGGUGUCUCAUGACUUUGCCAUCAAUUUCAACCCGGAGGAUGAUGAAUGUGAAGAGAUCCAGGGGGUCGUGGAAGCCUACCAAAACUGCCUGCCCAAGAUCCAGCUCUACGGUCCCACUAAUGUGGCUCCCAUCAUCAACAGAAUAGCUAAGCAGGCGGCUGGGAAAGAACCCAUCAAAGAUGCUUCUCUGUAUCAUAUCCUGCUGAUCCUCACAGACGGGGUGGUAACAGACAUGGCCGAUACACGGGAGGCCAUUGUUCGGGCCUCCUACCAACCUAUGUCCAUCAUUAUAGUGGGAGUGGGAAACGCCGACUUCACAGACAUGCAGAUCCUUGAUGGGGAUGAUGGAGUCCUGCGCUCACCCAAAGGGGAACCUGUCUUGAGGGACAUCGUCCAGUUUGUGCCCUUCAGAGACUUUAAAACGGCUUCACCAGCUGCACUGGCAAAGUGUGUCCUAGCGGAGGUGCCUAAACAGGUAGUGGAGUACUUCAGUCACAAGGCCAUACCGCCGAUGAACCCAGUGGUGAAUUCAGCCCCCAACUCCAUCGCCAACACACCUGAAUAACACUGAACCUGAGGUCCGGUCCAGCCCUGUACACCUCCACAGUACUGAAACAGAUGAGAGCUGGGACAGGGCUGCUCUGCCACAACAUACAGUAUACACUGUCAUCCUGACUACGUUUUGUUCAUUCGUAAGCUGUUCAUCCAUGACUGACGGUUUGGAUCUUGCCCUUGACACCAGGACUGCUCUCCCAGCAUGCAAACCGGAGUCCUUUUCCCCUCUGCCUCGUGUAAGAGCAAACAAUACAUUGCAUUCCCAUCAGGACCAGGCCUUCUGAUCCCCGCUGACUCUUUUCAACUUCGCAAGGUCACUUCUGCAUUCUGCUGUUUUGUAUGUCCUUCAGAGCUUUUGAAGACUUUGCUCUGCCUGCCUGUGGGCUCUUUUCAUUCCUGGACUUCUUGAGAACUGGAGCAGAAAUGCUGAGAAACAUACAAUACAAUGUAAUAUGAUUAAUCAAUCUAUAGAUAAUAGCAUGUACAUUGACUAAAAGAGUUUGCUUUGGUUUUGCUGGACAAAUAUGCAUAGUUCAUUGCUAAAAUCAUCAUCAUCUUGAUGUAAAGAUAAUUGGUGUGUGAGAAUGGUCAUCAUCUGGCUAGUCAAUUAGUCAGGAUGACUAGUUUUAAAUAUUUUAGCAGUGGUGCUUGAAUUAGCAUGCUGACAGAGCGCUGUUUAGCAGUUUGCACGAUGAAACCAUCUUGGAUAAGCUGCAUCUUCAAAUCCAUCGCCUUUAAGACACUGGCAAAACAGCCAUUCACAUGCAGACAGGGUGUUUCCUGAUGUUUUUUAAGCAUCUUGCACCAUGAGCGUUAUUAAGACGUCAAAUUAAAAUGAGUUGUUUAUGGAAAAAUACCUUUUUAAAACGUGUCUUGAGAUUCUGUUUCAUUCUGUUGUGUCUAGCUUGAAUGCAUUUUCUGUCAACAACCCCUAACAAACAUGUCUGAUUGGCGAUCAUAAAGUGUUGAUCAGCCAACAGAAACUACUGUAUACAGGACUUAAGAAUUAUUAGUUGACUUGUCAGUUGGUUGCGGUGAGAAAGUUGUGAAUUCUUUCACAUUCUGUCUACAAGUCUGCGCCAAUGCACUGAUUCAAAUGUAAACUACUUGAUUUUAUCCCUGUUUAAACGGUUUGUGGAAACACGUGAAUAUUGCCAAGAGGGAAAAAAAUGCCACAGGCACUUUGUCGAUCAUGAGAAGUGCUCUAAUUAAAAAGGUGAAGUGUGUAAUUUCUGCUCCUGUAGCAGAACCAAGAGGAUUUCAUAAAUACUGUAAUUCUGUUGUUUUCAAUCUGUUUUAAAUACACUCUCCCCCUGUCUGUCAUUAGUGGGCCAAACAGAUAGUCCCGCCCCAAACACACUCCACCAAUGUAUGCCAUGUCUACCCUUGUGAAAAAGAAGUAAACUUAAUUGUAUUGACAGCCCUUGUAGUGUUUUUUUUUAAAACUGUACUUGUAGUAAGUAUACUUAAAGAGAGUACACUAUACAAAGAUCACUUUGUAAUAAUUAAAAGUUUUUCUUUAAAGUACAUUUUUUUGUUGUGUUUUAAAGAAGUACACUUAUUUUGAUGUGUUGACUAACAUACUAAAGCACAUGUAAAGUACUUGAUUAUAAGUUAA